GUUUUGCAAUGUAUGUUCACCUAUUAAUAUCUUGUGUUUCGUUAGUCGGAUUAGUUUUAGGUGGAAGAAGAUAUCAGAAUGAAAAUCCCUAUCAAGUUGUGGGCGUAGAUUGUGAGGAAAAUGAAUCAGUUAGUUGCAUGAUUAUUAAAUGCCCAAAUGGACAAGAGUGUCCGGCGGCAAAUUUCUGCUAUAAUCCCAAGUGCGUUUGCCGCAAAGGAUUUCGGCGACUCAAUGGAGUCUGUGUGCCAAAACACAAUUCUCGGCAUCUCAACAAAGAUACUUUGGAGGCGGCUCUUCUGGAAAUGCCCUAUAGGGAGCUUUAAUGCUGAAUAAACUAUAAGCUAAUGGAAAUUAUUAUUCUAUUGGAAUUUGCACACGAUCAAAAUAACUAUUGGCAUAAGACAACUUCUA